AUGAAGAGAGAUGGGAAGAAAGACAAAGGAGAUCAACGAGGCAGAACGAAGGGAUUAACUCAAGAACGUAAACAACCCGAACAAAAGCAGCCAAGUAUAUUAAAAUGCAAAUAUUGUGGCAAAACCCAUCGGCGGAUCAAAGAAGAGUGUCCAGCGUGGGGAAAGAAGUGCUUAAAGUGCAACAAGACAAAUCAUUUUGCGUCGCAAUGUCGAAGUAAACAAGGCUCAGAGAAAGGAAACAUUCAUGGGGUCGGUGAGCUGUUUGAGAGUGAGGAUGAAGAAACUGAGUGCGUAGAUUACGUUCUAACAGUUAAAGAAAAGUCAGUUAUGUCUGUCACAGAAAACAAGUUUCCCAAGAGAAUCUUUGCACAUAUGGUAUUAAAUGAGACGAGUGUGAAGUUCCAGUUGGAUAGCGGAGCAACCGUGAAUGUUCUACCGUUGCAGUUGUAUCGAGAUAUUUUCAACGAUCCGAAGCUUAUGCACCUGAAAAAGACACAAACGACGUUGGUGAUGUUUAAUAAAUCAAAGAUGAACGUAUUGGGAAAGUUAAAGACGAUGACUAUCAACCCUAGGAAUGAGAUGAAGCAUGCAGUUGAAUUCUUGGUGGUGAAUCAGGAUUAUAAACCGUUGCUGGGUUUUGAAACAAUCCAGAAGUUUGAGCUAAUGACAGUGAACACCGAGAAUGUAAUGUCAGUCCGAAGCCAUUCCGGAAUCAGUCCGAAGUCGUUCCGAAGUCAGCACGAGGGAAAUCCGAAGUUUGUCCGAAGUCAUUCCGAAGCGAGCCCGAAAUCAAUCCGAAGGCAGUCCGAAGUCAUUUCGAAGUCAGACCGAAUUUAUUCCGAAGUUACGAAGACAGCCCGAAGUCAACCGAAAGUCCGUACAGAGUCUGAAGUCGUCAGCGUGUACAAAGACGUGUUCACAGGUGAAGGCCGAUUUAAAGAGAAGCUGUAUUUCGAAGUUAAUAAAGAAAUUCCACCCACUAAAAUACCUGUUCGGAAGGUACCAAUCGCCCUCAAGAAACCGAUUAAAGAAGAGCUAGAUCGACUAGUAAAAUUGGAUGUCUUGACGAAAGUGGAAGUACCAACGGAUUGGAUCUCGUCCAUGGUCGCUGUUCAAAAGAAAGAUGGAAGCGUUAGACUAUGCAUAGAUCCAAAGCCAUUGAACAAGGCAUUGAAACGAAAUCAUUAUCCACAUCCAGAUAUAGAAGAUCUUCUACCCAACUUGGCAAAGUCCAAAGUAUUUUCCGUGGUGGAUGCAAAGAAUGGAUUUUGGCAUGUACAAUUAGAUCAAGAAAGUAGCUAUCUAACGUCGACGUUCGCAACGCCUUGGGGCCGUUACAGAUGGAAGCGGAUGCCGUUUGGAAUAUCUCCAGCUCCAGAAGAGUUUCCACGAUAUCUAGAUUUAGCGCUGGAAGGAUUGGAAGGAAUUAAAGCAAUUUGUGAUGACAUACUUGUCUGCGGAGUUGGUGAAUCUUAUGAAGAAGCAGUGCAAGACCAUGAUAACAAGUUGGUGAGUCUGCUUGAGCGCUGCAGAAGUAAAGGAAUAAAGCUGAAUUCAAAGAAGCUGCUGUUUCGUCGCAAGCAAGUGAGUUUUAUGGGUCAUUUAAUCACUUCGAAGGGACUGAGGCCUGAUCCAGCAAAGGUGGAGGCGAUCCGGAAGAUGCCGAUACCGUCGAACAAGCAAGCGGUGCGACUCCUCCUUGGAAUGGUUAAUUAUUUGCAAAGAUUUUCACCAAAUUUGUCUUCAGUCACAGCACCGUUAAGAGAGUUACUUAAAGAACAGAAUGCGUUCCACUGGAGAGAAGAUGUCAAAGCGAAGUGUUUCAGCGAAGUGAAGAAGAUUUUGUCAUCACCUCCCUUGUUGAAAUACUUUGAUCCAGAUCAAGAUUUGGAGUUGCAGUGCGAUGCUUCUGAAAAGGGAUUAGGGGCCUUCCUAAUGCAAAAUGGUCAACCGAUUGCCUACGCGUCGCGGUCUCUUACGAAUACCGAACAACAGUAUGCUCAAAUUGAGAAUUUGGCGCCGAGAAGUUCGAACAGUAUGUUUAUGGACGACGAGUGA